CAGGGGUGUCCAAACUUUUUGCAAUGGGGGCCAGAUUUGGUGUGAUUAAAAUGUGGGGGGCCGACCUUGGCUUACGUCCUUUACUUAGAACAAUAUAGUUAAGCAAAUGUUAGCAAGCCAUUCUGUUUUUCACAUUUGCGUUAUUAUUUUUUUUAAUUAUUAAAUUUCAACAAACUCGCAACUAGCCUUUGUGGUGUUCUCUUUCGAUUCCCGGGCUCCUGCGAAAUACUGCUGCUGUGAAAUUAAACCAUCUUCAAGUUGCUUUAAUUUCUCUAGAGCUGCGGCUAUCGAUUAUUUUAGUAGUCAAUUAAUCGAUGAACUAGUUAGUUCGAAUAAUUGAGUAACCGGAUAAGGAACAUUAAAAAAACAAUGACAAACAAAAAUUAAAAUACCUGAGCUGAGCCUCAAAUAAAAAAAAUAAAUGCAUCUAUGUACAACAAAAGAACAAUUGGCUAACUUACAUGCAAAAGUCUGUUAGCUUAAAUGCUAUAAAAUGCUAAUGGGUUUUUUUCUUCACAAUUCUCUUAACACAUGGUACAGACAAAUAUUCCCACAAAAAACAGCAAAAUAUGUCUAUAAACUUCCGAAUGCAUUAAAAAAACAUUAACGCAAACAAAAACUUAGCUUACGUUGGUCUUGACAGGGAGCAGUUGGAUUCAGUCAUGUGAAAUGGGGCAGACCAGAGGGCAGUGUAUGCACCCUAAUCAAUAACACAAAAUGAAAACACUUUCAAAAUAAACCAUUAACUAAACGAACAUUCAAAGCAACAAAAUUCAAUUCAAAUAUUUUUUUCUAAUCGAAUACUCGAGUUAAUCGAUUAAUCGUUGCAGCACUAGCACUUAAAAACAGCGACUGUCUCUUUGCAAAUGAGGCAGACACAGUUGUUGCGUGUUUUAGUGAAGAAAUAGUCAUAUUUCCACCUAUCCUUGAAGCGUCGGCCGCCACAGUUAACAUUCUUUUUUUGAGUUGAUUGUCGCCAUUUUAGAAAAUUGGGAAUAAAGGGUCAUGCGGGGUAAUGUUGCUUAGAGUGCUGCUGCCUUUUAGUGGAUAAAUGAGGAGCAGCAUUUGUGUGUAAGCUACUUCAUAUGCUAAUAACAGUACUGCUGACCAAUUUAUUAAAAUCUGUGUGCGGGCCAGACGUUAUUGAUUUUAUGACAGAGGCUGGGGCCCGGAUGAAAUUUGACCAGGGGCCGCAUUUGGCCCCCGGGCCGGACUUUGGACAUGUCUGAUCUAAUGAGAACCUAACAUGCUUUAAACUCGCUUCUUUUUUUGGGAUGAGAAGUUGUUUUGAGUUUUCGAGCAUGCAAUGGCCACAAAUUCUGCUGCCACUAGAUGGCGCUACAGAGUCGAUGCAAAUGACCACUACUGGACUCUUCAGGGUAAGACUCUCCCCAAGCAUGGGAAGUUUGGAGCAGGUAUCAGGUAUAUCUGCCAAGUUAUGACUGUUCAAAAUGUGUGGAGAGACAGAAUGGUGACGGUCAUUAUCACUUUCCUGUUGGACCGUUCUGCUUCAACCAAACCUAAAUUAUUUUAAUAAGGCAUCUGAAAACAUGUCCUAAGGCUCCCCUUAUGCAGGUUUGAGGUAGAAUCAUUUUUUCCCUUUGGAGGAGGAGUGUGUCCCGUAAAAAAGGGCAUUUCCUGUUCCCAUUAGGAUGCGCCAGGCACAAUUGGUAAAUUUUCAAUCCAGUCCUGCUCAGGCUGGGAUACCUCACACACAUGCCAGAUUUAAAAUAGAUUGAACGUUGUAUGAGGGAGUUAUCAGUCAUUUUCCGAAUUCGGUGUUUUGCCGAAAAAAUGGCCGACUUUGGCACCCCGCCCAGGUCAGGCCCGUGAAUGAAAACACACCAUUUUAAUAACUUAAGAUUUCAUAUGCCUCAUGAACAGUCUCGCCAAUUUUGAGGAUGAUCAAACUAAUUCCCUAGGUGCCAAGGUCUCAAAUGUGCACACUGUAAAUCGAUAAAAAUUUCACAUUCAAUCCAAAAUACCUGAUUUCCUGUAGGAUUUGGAAUGUGCGUGCAAGAGACUUUUUGGAGCAGUUUUGUACAAGGUAUCGACUCUCUGAAUUUCAUCCCUCUACGUUGAAAAAACCUAAAUGGAGAGGCCUUUUUGAAAAAUUCAAGGAAGCACCACUGAGCCAUUUUGUUAUUUUUUCGUAACGUUGCAAGAUUAUCGAACGUUACGCAAAGCCGCAUGUAUGUGCAAAUUUUGGUGAGUUUUCGUGCAUGUUCAAGCCUCCAAAUGUAAACUCCAACUGUGAACCGAUAAAAAUUUCACAUUCGAUCCAAAACACCCGAUUUCCUGUUGGAUUUGGAAUAUGGGUGCAAAGGCUUUUUUGAGCAGUUAGGCAUAAGGUUUCUACUCCCCAAAUUUCAUAGCUCUUCGUUGAAAACCUGAGAGGAGAGGCCUUUUUGAAAAUUUUAAGGGUUACGGGAUGUAUGCAAAUUUUGGUGACUUUUUGUGCAUGUUCAGGCCUCCAAAUUGGCCAUUUUCAUUUGCCCUGAAAAAAAUAAAAUAAAAAAUAACUAAAUUAAAAAAAUAAUAAUAAUAAUCCUUUGCAAAACAAUAUGCCCUUCGCACGCUUAGUGCUCAGGCCCUAAUAACAGUAGGCUGCCACAACAUGCGACCAAUAUCGCGCCCAUUUUCCUUCUCGCUUCCUUCUACAUCACAGCUCCCCAGUCCGAUUGUCUCUCAAUGGGGCCGUGCUUAGUUACGGACAUCGCAAUACAAAAUGAAUUGGUUGCCGCUGAAGUGUUCAUACUCAGGUGCCACUAGUUUGAAACGGCCUUUAAAAAAAAUGAAUAAAAAAAAAACAUCUCAUUUGCGAGGCCUGGCGGCUUUUAUUUUGGUGUGGUGGUGCGCCACAAUCUCUUAUAUGUAGGGGAAACCCUGUAUCCUAUCAAGUUUUAUUAAUUUAGGCGUAUUGGUGUGUCAAGAGGCAAAGGUCAAAGUUCAUACAGCCAGAACACAGUCAUUAAUAAAAUAUUUAUUCUUUCUGUACGGCCAGGUAGCAGGUCCCGGUCCAUGGUGAAUGGGGAUAUCUUGGCUAGACCGUUGAAAACAUUGGAAACUGAGUAGAGUGCCUCUUUUCUUUUAAAAAAACAAACAAAUUUGAACCGGGGAUCAUUCGACCACCUUCACAGUUCAAACAGAUCGGACAUUUAUCGUUGUCAAUGGCAACCAAUGAGUUAACCGUCACAUCUGUAGCCUCCACAUCUGUCUACCUCCACCUCCGUCUCUCACAAUGUAAACCCCUGGCUAACAAGAACAAUCUGUGUGGACCGGACGGGGGGGAGGAGUAGCCAUGAAGAAGGAAAGAGGGAGGGAGAAAAAGAGGAAAGCAUUCGUAUGCCUCCACCAUUCCAGACUGGCAAAGUGGACCACUUAACAUGGCUCCCCAUUCAAGCUUUGACUAACUUCAUCUUGACCUCAGAGGACUCUUCUUCUAACGUGAUCCUGGCAGAAAAUGAAUUCCAUUUUGACCAACUCUGCCGAGGGCAGCGCCGACCUCGAGGAACCGGACAACUUCACGUCCUCCGUUGAGCCUCCGGACAUCCAAACCGCACCGCAGGACUUCCUGGACAAUGUGGCGGACUUCCUGCGGGAGCACAUGGUAUUGGUACUCCUGGGGGCCUCCGUGCUCCUGAUUCUGGGAUUCACCAUCUGCGGCGCCGUCUAUCUGAUGCGGCGACGUCGACUCAUCGCCUACUACCCUUCGUCCUACCCCGCCAAAAUGUACGUUGACCUCCUGGACAAGAAAGGCGGGGCGAGCGGCUUCCGCGAAAUUCCCGACAGGCAGCCGUCGGUGGCGGCGACGGGCGAUCUGGAAGGCGAACCGGUGGAUUCCAACAGGCAGCUCCAGGUGGACAUCAUGAGGGUGGCUAAGAGUCUAAAGACGCCCACCAAAACGCCAGAGGACGUUCCGAAUAAAGACGAGCGGCCAGCAUCGCCGCGGGCGGCGCUAAAGAAAGCCGAAAAUGAGACCCAAGAGCUUCGCGCGAAGAGUCUGCGGCCUUCUUCUUUACAUCUUCACAGUGACUCGGCCACCCUGCAACUCAUCGCCGGGGAAAAAACAGCCUUCUAGCAAGGACCGGAAGACUUUGGACUCGAAGCGUAUUCAUUUACAAGGAUGCUGGCCCAUUGGUUGGCAUGUCGUAACCUCAAAAUUGUUUCCAAUGUUUCGGAGCUUAACACUAGAAAACCCAGCAGAGGCCGACUUGGCCUUUCCUAAGACAAACACUACUAAUAUUCUCUAGCAAUGGCCGAUUUGGCCUCUCCUCCGUGACUCACGUGAUAGUUUGUGUCAGUUCAAGUCACGCUACGUUUAUUUAAUUAACAUUCAUUUAUGAAGUUUGACACUUUUUACACAUUUUUUUAAUUCACUUCUCUUAUACUCCACACACAACGACAGAAAAAAUGGCCCAAAGGUGUACAUUGUUUUGAAGAAGAAAAAAAACGUUUUAGAACUGCAAUUUGAGUGUAUAGCAGGAAUUGUGUCUAUAGUUUAGAAGGACUUAAUCAGGACCAUGGAGCAUGGAUUGUGGUCAUUGUGUCUGAAGUUAAUGUAUGUCUAGUGGUUGCAUUUCCAGAUGAAUUGCUAUUGUCUGUCCAGCAACGACUUGCCAAUUCAAAACCACUCGGGUCAUUUUCCCCACCUCUGGGAUUUCUGGGGGAGAGGCCAUAUGGGUCAUUGUUCUGGACUAGUUGGAGUACCAGAAUUCUCUGGGACUUCUAGUGUUAAGCCAUUGGCUAUCAUUGACGAUGGUAGGCGAACCAGAGUUGCUUUUAAAAACAUUGACCACACAGUAAAUUUGGCAUAUUACCACGCACGAGACUCACUAGUAAACACAUCAACGACCUUCAUUUCUGUUUUUAUCUGCCAUUGACAGUAGUGGAAGUCCAAAUUAUUUUGACUCAGAGGGGCGAAUGAACGAAUGGUCCUGAAAGAUUAGCAUUCCCAGUUUAAAUUAAUUGAACGCCUAUCAUAAAAUGUCAGCCAAUUAGUUAUUUUAUUAAUUGAAAUCAUUGGAUGCCAUUAAUGGUGAUGGAUGUCUAAUCUAUUUGGACUGGCGGGCAUGGCUGACAGCGAUCGAACGAUAAAAUGAUUAAUUCAUUUAGGGCUGCAGCGAUUAUUUUAGCAGUCGAUUAAUCGAUGAACUAGUUAGUUCAAAUAAUCGAGUAAUCGGAUAAGGAACAUGAAAAAUUAAAAUACCCGAGCUUAGCCUCAAACAGUAUAAAAAAAACAAAAAGAUCUAUAUACAACAAAAGAACAAUUGGCUAACUUACAUAGCAAAAGUCCGCUAGCUUAAAUGCUACAAAAUGCUAACUUUUUUUUUAAGCACUGAUCUUGACAAAUGGUUCAGACAUAUAUUCCCACAAAAACGGCUAAAUACACCUAUAAACUAAAUUGUGAAUGCAUUAAAAAACAUUAGCUCAAACAAAAACUUAUGUUGGUCUCAACAGGGAGCAGUUGGAUUCAGCCAUGUGAAAAGAGGCAGACCAGAGGGCGCUGUAUCCAUCCUAAUCAAUAAAACUAAAUGCAAACACUUGCAAAAUAAACCAUUACAACACCAUUUUAAUUAAACAAAUACUCGAAGCAAUACAAUUUUAUUCGAAUAAUUGUUUCUUAUCGAACACUCGAGUUAAUCGAUUAAUCGUUGCAGCACUAAACUCAUUUACAGGAGCGCUGGAGGUCCCUCACAGCUGGGGGUGCUGAGGAUUUUUUUGUUUUUUCCAAUCUUAAAACAAGUUUCGGUCCAAAUAUGUCAUGCUCGUGCUUUUUCUCUGUACGUGGCGUGCACAAUGGAAGUACACGCGCAUGCUGGAUAGUUUACGUACUACUACUAGGCUACUAUAAAGACAGUGUUCUAUUUCACCUACAGUGUGUGUUGGAGUUUUUGUAUUGGAAAUAAAAGCGCCCGUGUAUUAUAAACCAAAUCCCCGCAGCUAGAUGGCCUAAUGACACACAAACACAUUUACAGUGGGGCAAAUAAGUAUUUAGUCAAACACUAAUUGUGCAAGUUCUUCGACUUAAAAAUAUUAGAGAGGCCUGUAAUGGUCAACAUGGGCAAACAUCAACCAUAAGAGACAGAAUGUGGAAAAAAAAAAAAAAAACAGAAAAUCACCUUGUUUGAUUUUUAAAGAAUUUAUUUGCAAAUCAUGGUGGAAAAUAAGUAUUUGGUCAAUAGAAAAAGUUCAUGUCAAUACUUUGUUAUGUACCCUUUGUUGGCAAUAACGGAGGCCAAACGUUUUCUGUAACUCUUCACAAGCUUUUCACACACCGUUGCUGGUAUUUGGCCCAUUCCUUCAUGCAGAUCUCCUCUAGAGCAGUGAUGUUUUGGGGCUGUCGUUGGGCAACACGGACUUUGAACUCCCUCCGCAGAUUUUCUAUGGGGUUGAGACCUGGAGACUGGCUAGGCCACUCCUGGACCUUGAAAUGCUUCUUACAAAGUCACUCCUUUGUUGCCCUGCCUGUGUGUUUGGAAUCAUUGUCAUGCUGAAAGACCCAGCAACGUCUCAUCUUUAAUGCCCUUGCUGAUGGAAGGAGAUUUUCACUCAAAAUCUCUCGAUACAUGGCCAUAUUCAUUCUUUCCUUUACACGGAUCAGUCGUCCUGGUCCCUGGUCCUGGCAGAAAAACAGCCCCAAAGCAUGACGUUUCCACCCCCAUGCUUCACAGUGGGUAUGGUGUUCUUCGGAUGCAAUUCAGUAUUCUUUCUCCUCCAAACACGAGAACCUGUCUUUCUACUAAAAAGUUCUAUUUUGGUUUCAUCUGAGCAUAACACAUUCUCCCGGUCCUCUUCUGGAUCAUCCAAAUGCUCUCUAGCGAACCGCAGACAGACCUGGACGUGUACUUUCUUCAGCAGGGGGUACCGUCUGGCAGUGCAGGAUUUGAGUCCCCGGCGGCGCAUUGUGUUACUGAUAGUAGCCUGUUACUGUGGUCCCAGCUCUCUGCAGGUCAUUCACUAGGUCCCCCCGUGUGGUUCUGGGAUUUUUGCUCACCGUUCUUAUCAUUUUGAUGCCACGGGGUGAGAUCUUGCAUGGAGCCCCAGAUCAAGGGAGAUUAUCAGUGGUCUUCCAUUUUCUAAUAACUGCUCCCACAGUUGAUUUCUUUACACCAAGCAUUUUACCCAUUGCACAGUCAGUCCUCCCAGCCUGGUGCAGGUCUACAAUUUUGUCUCUGGUGUCCUUCGACAGCUCUUUGGUCUUGGCCAUAGUGGAGUUUGGAGUGUGACUGACUGAGAUUGUGGACAGGUGUCUUUUAUACCGAUAAUGAGUUAAAACAGGUACCAUCAAUACAGGUAACGAGUGGAGCCUCGUUAGACCUCAUUGGAAGAAGUUAGACCUCUUUGACAGCCAGAAAUCUUGCUUGUUUGUAGGUGACCAAAUACUUGUUUUCCACUCUAAUUUGGAAAUAAAUUCUUUAAAAAUCAAACAAUGUGAUUUUCUGUUUUUUUGUUUUUUUUCCCCAGUCUGUCUCAUGGUUGAGUUUUACCCAUGUUGACAAUUACAGGCCUCUCUAAUCUUUUCAAGUAGGAGAACUUGCACAAUUGCUGGUUGACUAAAUACUUAUUUGCCCCACUGUAAAAACUAAAAGGUCCAAUAAGCCACUGCACGGCGAUAGCUCAACAGCAACAACAAACACUAAUACUGCUACAACGCAAACAAUUUAAAGUUCUCCACGGUCUAAAUCUGCAGCUAACUUUUCCUCGCUGGAAAGUAUUCUGAACUAUUACAAUCAUCUUCAUUUUCGACGUCGAACUGAAUUUUAGAAAAUUUCACUGUUCUUGUAAAGAAAAAAAAUCGCAAAUUCCUUUUUGCACCAUGUUAACGCCUCCUCUCAACAGUUUCCGUUCCAUUUGCCUUAUCCAAAGGGACCUGGUAGCAAGCAAGGUGUCAAACAAAACAAAAAAACUUUCAACAUAUGUAUUCUCAUUGUUAAGUGUGCAAUUGUUUCUAUUUUAUUUAUUGAUUUAUUUUUAACAACAACAAAAAAAUCUACCCAACACCCAUUCGCUGAGUUUAAGGGGGGGGCGUCAGGAGGGCACACCCCCCCCCACCGGUGGCCGAAAAGUGUCAUUGCAUAUAGUUAACUUUCCUAUAUAUGAUUUUGAAAUUAAAGAGUUUUCCGGUAAAGUAUUGUCUAUAUAAGUUGUAAAGCAAUAAAACAAAACAAAAAAUGGAAGUCAUACAAAAUAUUAUAUUUGGAUCUCAAAGCACCACUACUUAAUUCGCUUAUGUUAUGUAACAUAUUUUUAUCUUUGAAGUACAUUUUUUGUUCAAUUUUCACACUACUUACUGUAGGCGACAAAACUUUUGUCUUGCCAAAAUUUGACCUUUAUGUUUUCGUUAAAUGAUGAAACUUUUUUCAGUGUAACAAAUAUAUUUUUUGUACAUUCAACAUCAUUUGGGAGGGUCUUGGCUUUAAUAUGAGCCAUUUCUGAAACCAAUUAAAUAAUUAAAAGUCAGGUUGUUGGUAGAAAUGUCCCGAUCGAUCGUCCCAUCACGUCAUUUUCAAAGUGUCGGAAUCGGCAAAAAAAUAUCGGACAUGCCGUUUUUUAAUAUAUAUAUAUUUUUCAAUUAAUUCGUUUUCUAAUUGUAUUUAACGUUACAGACAAAAUGUCUUACACUUAUCCAGAGUCUUUAGUUUUGGCUUAAACUAUGGCUAUCAUGUCGCGUUCAGUCUAUAAUGGCACCGUUUUACGUAAACAUAGAGUUAAAAGGCAACGUUAAAUGAGUAGAGAGAAUUUUGGCAGCCUUACAAGCUUUUUUUUUUUUAAUGGCUAAAGCCUUACAAUCCCUCUCUCAACAAUUAGAAAUAUCGUGGGAACUAAUGUGGGGAAGACAGGUAGUAGUUGAUCUUUUUCUUAACACCCUAUAUUAUUUCCCAACGCAGAGAAGAUAUAUCAAUUGGUACCACUAGCACAGUCAUGGUUGCACUUCCCAUCAUGCAUUUGGGCAGAAGUUAAACGGCUAUAGUAUCAUUUACUGAAAGCUCAACAAAUACACUAGAUGGCAAUAUUUAGUCACAAUAUACAAAGUCACAUUUAUCCUUUAAGAAUUACAAGUCUUUCUAUCCGUGGAUCCCUCUUACAGGAAGAAUGUUAAUAAUGUAAAUGCCAUCUUGAGGAUUUAUUGUCAUAGUAAACAAAUACAGUACUUAUGUACUGUAUGUUGAAUGUAUAUAUUCGUCCGAGUUUUAUUCAUUUUUUUCUUAAUGCAUUGCCAAAAUGUAUAUGAUCGGGAAAAAUUAUCGGGAAUGAUUGGAAUUGAAUCGGGAGCAAAAAAAAAAGCAAUCGGAUCGGGAAAUAUCGGGAUCGGCAGAUACUCAAACUAAAACGAUCGGAUCGGGAGCAAAAAAACAUGAUCGGAACAACCCUAGUUGUUAGCAAUUGUUUCUACAAAAUGCGACAAGACUUCUGUUAGGGACUGUAAAUAUUCAGUCAAAAAGGAUGUGUCUCCUGGUUUGCUUGCCGCCAUUUUCAAACUGACCAUGGUGAGGAUUUGUUUCGCAAGGGUGUGAGUGACUGGAAAAAAGUUGGCAGUAAAUUGGAUAUCUACGCGGAACGCAAAAAUCAGCGUCUACUUCUCUCCACUAGGUAAGACCAAAAAACAACCACACACUGAGCUGGGAUGCCUGUAUUUACGAGUAUGGGCUAAGCUACUAACCGAGCAUAUAUCUUGUCAGUUAAUUUUACUGCUGACGCUGCGUUUCGGGGGUCAUCAACAUGCCACAAAAGUCAAACUUCGCCUAUGAUGUCCGCCCCUACCACACCAAAUAUCUUAGUACUGAAACAUUAGCAUUGAAUGAGCUUGCGAUAAGACUCCUCUGUCAACAAAAAAACUGAUUAACCUAUGAAUUCUAUCCCCAUCGAUGGCAUUGGAAUGAGAGUCAUUCCAUGUCAAAUGAAUUGACUUUUUAUCACAGUGAAUGAGUUAACACUUUUCAUCUUAUCAAAACAUUUUGGAUAAAAUGAAGAUUCGACACAGACCAACCCCCCCCAAUAAUUUUGUGACCAUACAAUAUACGUACUUAAAGGGAUUGUUUUGUUGGGAAAAAAAGAAUCUACAUUAGUUUUUUAAAAUCAUAUUUAACUAGGUCCGUUUUUCUUCCCGCAAUUUUAUUCCACUUUCAUGUUCCUGAAUAAAUAUUUCAUCACAUUUUGCCAUGUUUGAGUAAUUUUAUUGGGGAUUUUUUAAAAUUUGUGGACACUCUAGGUUGCUCGGUUAUAUGAUAUCAUCAAGCUUUAAUAUUGUGCGAAUGCGUGACAGGCUAAGCAUACUGUAUUACAUGCAGUAGUUGAGGUGGUCUUGUUUUUUUUUCCCUAUCAGGUACAGGA